AUGUUCAAGAGACCCUCGUUCCUACAAGGCCGGCGGCAUGGUGGUGGACGUGAUGAUUGGUCUGCCUUCCCCGUGCGCCAGCUUUUUGUGCUAGCACUCUGCCGCAUUUGCGAGCCAAUCGCAUUCAUGUCCAUCUUCCCAUAUGUCUACCACAUGGUAGAGGCAUUCAAGGUGACGGACAACGAUCGCAAAAUUGCCCUGUACGCGGGGAUGAUCACCUCCUCAUUCACCUUCGCGGAGUUCUCUGCUGGCAUGUUCUGGGGUCGCAUGAGCGACAGGAUUGGCCGGAAGCCAGUUUUGAUUAUGGGGUUGAUUGGAACAGCUAUCAGCAUGAUAGUAUUCGGGUUUGCUCCCAACCUGCCAACAGCGAUGAUUGCUCGAGCACUGGGUGGCCUGCUCAACGGAAACAUCGGAGUUCUCCAGACGACGGUUGCGGAGAUCGUGACAGUCAAGGAACAUCAACCUCGGGCUUACUCCAUCAUGCCAUUCGUCUGGUGCUUGGGGUCGAUCAUAGGACCCGCCAUCGGCGGUGCGUUGGCACAGCCCUGCGACAAUUAUCCCUGGCUAUUUCAGCGCCAUACAAUCUUCGAUGCCUUCCCCUUCCUGCUGCCCAACCUCGUCUGUGUUGUCGUCCUAGUGUUUGGAGUUAUCGUUGGGUUCCUGUUCCUGGAGGAGACUCACCCAGAGAAGAGAUACCGCCGCGACCCUGGCUUGGAGCUGGGCCAUUGGCUCAUCGCUCACUGCUGGGGAUCCCGCGUACAACUAACCGAGGAGGACACGGACGUCGAAGCGGAAACAGACGGUGCUGAUUUUCUUGACUACAACAAUGCUCCUCCGCCUGAAUACAGAAGCACGGAGUCCUCCCCUCGUUUAUCCCCGGUUAAAGAAGUGGAUAGCUUGUCUGAUGCGGAUGACGUUGAAGGCCAAGUCAAAGGUCAACCCAAGGCUUUUACAAAGCAGGUCAUCUUCAACAUCAUCGCCUAUGGUAUUCUUGCAUACGUAUCCUUCGACCAGCUGAUGCCCGUAUUUCUCAGCACCCCUAAAUCCGACGACAACGUUGUUCUACCAUUCAAGUUCACCGGAGGUCUCGGACUGCCCACGAAAACAAUCGGUUUCAUGCUUGCCGUCCAAGGCGUUUACUCGAUGAUCGCCCAGCUUUGGCUGUUUCCCUUCGUCGUCCGUCACUUUGGUACUUUACGCACCUUCCGAUUUGUGCUCCUCGUCUGGCCGCCACUGUACCUGGUCGUUCCAUACCUCAUUCUUCUCCCCGCCCAGCUCCAAACCGCCGCUGUCUAUGUCUCGCUCAUCAGCAAAAUCACCUUCCACGUUAUUGCGUUCCCUUCUACUGCUAUUCUGCUCGCCAAUGCCGCUCCGUCAUCCAAAGUUCUCGGGUCCAUCAAUGGUGCCGCUGCAUCGACCGCCAGCUUGAGCCGUGCUUUUGGGCCAACAAUCACAGGUCUGCUACACUCCAAGGGCCUCGAAAGUGGUUAUUCGAUUAUCGCAUGGUGGGCCUGCGGCAUUGUGUGCGUCAUUGGCGCUAUUCAAAGCUUUUGGAUGGAGGAAAGCGAAGCCCGGAAACACAACGAGGACAAAACAGGGGAUAGUGACUCGGAUGCUGGUCGACCUCUGCGGGGCUCGUUUACUGCAGGCAAGGAGCUCGCUACACCUGAAGAGGAGCGGCGACUGCUGUCCUCUGCGCGGACGAGCGUCGAUGAUCUUGAGAUUGCCAACUUGGACUUGACGCAAGUUGACACCACACCUCAAUUAUAG